AUGAGUCGCGAUGGAUUGGUGGAUGAGCAAACAAUUGAAUACGAAGCGCAUGCUAUCGUCGGUUGGCCCCUAGCAAGUGACUUGCAAAAUACGACUACUUUAAUUGGAGAGGCCGCUGCAAUCAAGAUCAUUCUUGCUGAAGCCUCCGUCAAUGCCUCGAAGCUACGGACGUUUAUGGAGCUAGCGGAUGGUAACGAGAAGGAUAUGGAACACGUCUCUUCCUGGGACAAGGACAAUUGUGUAUCCCCUUUCAUGGAGUUUUGCCGGGAUUUGUGCUCGGCUAUCGCCUCAAGAACAAGCACCAGCUAG